UUUGGCUCAGGCUCACUUUGGGCGCGCGGAGAGACGGCGCGCGCGCCGGCGGGAGGACGGGAGGACCCCAGCGGCCCACGGUGCCCGCGAUGUGCCCGCCCGCAGCGCGCCCGCGCCACGGCGGCGACGGUGCCGUCGGGGUCGUCACGGGGGCCGACCUGGAGCGGGCGGCGGGGGAGCUGGCGGCGGGGGUGCGGCCCUGGGAGGCGGGCGGCUUCGCGCACCUCCGGAGCCUGCAGGCGGCGCCCCGCAACCACGGCCGCGUGGACGCGAUGUGCAGGGGCCAGGACGGGGCGCCGGCGGCCGUGAAGAGGAUGCCGAAUUGGUGGGUGCUCGGCAGCCUGGGCGAGUUUCAGCAGGGCCACCCUCGUGAGGAGGAGCAGCCCUGGCUGGACAUCGCCAUGCUCUCGGAGCUCAGCCGCAGGGGCUUCCCGUACGUCUGCGACUUCCUCGGCGUCUUUCGCGACGGCGAGUGGACUUACGUCGCGACCCGGCUGGCGUGCCGCGGCGACCUCUUCACGUGGGCGGCCCGGGAGCUCGCGCCGCCGGGCCCGGCCCGCGAGGCAGCGGUGCGGCCCGUCGCCGCCCAGCUCUGCGCGGCGGUGCGGUGGCUGCACGACCUGGACGUGGCCCACCGCGACCUGUGCCUGGAGAACGUGGUCGUCGCGGGCGAGGGCUCCGAGGAGCCGC